AGCGCCGCUUGAGAGCCACAAAAACAGAAAGGCAACGCAACCCUUCCUGUAAGAAAAACAAGCAAAUGGUUAACGAAAAUCAGUACUGGCUUCUCAAAACCGAGCCAGGGGAGUGGUCAUGGGAUGACCAAGCGUCCAAUGGAGGCAUAACCAACUGGGAUGGCGUCAAAAACAAGCAAGCCCAGAAAAACCUUAGGGCCAUGCACCUUGAUGACCUCUGCUUCUUCUACCACUCUGGUGCCAGUGCUCGUCGCGUUGUUGGUGUAGUGUCUGUAGUGAAGGAGUGUUAUAAGACUGCCGAUGAUGAGGUUGUGGUGGAUGUUAAGGCAGUUGGAGAGAUGAGGAGGCCAGUGGACUUGAAGGAACUGAAGAGCAAUGAAGGGUUGAAGGGUCUUGCUUUGUUUAGGCAGCCUAGGUUGUCUGUUGUGCCUAUUUCGAAGGAGGUUUGGGAGAUAAUAUGUGAAUUGGGAGGUGGGUUUGAAGGAGAUGGGAAAGUUGAUGAUGAUGAUAAUGAAGGAGAAGAGUAGAUUCUGUGGGUUUUGGGCUUAUAUAUAAUGUAAGGAUCCCUUCCUUGUAGUGAUCACUAGUGAAUAUGGGGGGAUCAUAUGGUAUUGCAAACUAGCAAAUACUAUGUUUUGGUUCUUUUUGGCUGUAUGAAUGAUGAAAGAACGAAAUCAAAUGAAAUCUAUAAAUUGUAUUUAGAGUACCAA